AUGUAUACAUACGGUGUAACAACAAGUCGAUGUUCUCUAUGUUAUGCUCUUUUAUAUACAACUACAACGAGUUCUACAAUUGGAUAUUCAUCAUCAAAUAGACGACAUGGUAAUCGUUGUUCGAUAGCAUCCAUCGAACGGCUAAUUUCAUCAUCUAAAAAGCUUCAAAAUCUUUGGCUUAAAAAUCAAAAUCGAAGUAUUAAUACUCGCUCAAUAUGUUUUCGAUGUUGUGAUACAAUACGACAAAUUGAACAAAUUAAAAAUCAUAUCGAACAACUUAAUAAUGAACAACAAUUACUUAUGAAUAAAAUUGAACAUAAUCUUUAUAAACGUGCGCUUAUUUUACAAGGACAAAGACAACAACGAUCAAAUGAUUACAGUGCUUUCUCAAUAGAUCAUCAACAAAUCCCACUCAAUGAAGAUGAUGAUACUGAAGAAGGUGAAGAAAAACCUCGAACAGUACCUACAAUAAAUGGACAUGGACAUCCGUCAUCUAUGGUCAUAUCAACAACCACAUUAGUUGGUGCUAAGCGACGUAAAUCUAAAAUAGCACAUAAAAUUAAUAUAGAAGAUAAAUCUUCAUUGCUCAAUCAUACCAGACAAUCAAUUUCUCCAAUAUCUCAUUCAACUGAAAAGCUUUCCUCCAAACUUUUAUUUAAUUCUCAUUCACCUAAACAUCAUCGAACUGGUAUAUUUUCAACUGGUAUUAAUGGUCAUAAUAAUAAUGAUUUAGCUAACCUAUCAUUUGGUUCAGCAUAUAAAUCUUUAGCUUUACCAACAUCAUCAUCGGCAACUACACCACCAUUUAUUGAUCCAACAACAGGAGCAUUAAUUGCAAUUGUUUCAAAUCCACAUCAUGCCGCUUUACUUGCUCAACAACAUCAACAAAUGUUUAAAACAUCUUCAAUAUCUCCAACAUCAACAAAUACAAUUGAUGAACAUGAAAUAAUACCUCCUAAACAACCAAAUCCAAAAAAAUUUCCUUGUCUUUUAUGUGGACGUGAUUUUUCAAAUAAGUCUAAUUUAAAUCGUCAUCAUAGUAUUGUUCAUGUCGCUAUAAGAAAUUUUGAAUGUGCACGUUGUCCAAAAAAAUUUAAAUUAAGACAAGGACUUAAAACACAUAUGCAACGAUGUCAUGGUGUUAAUACAGAUGAACCAACAUUUGUUUUACAAAAACAUCACGCUCAUCAUCAUCAUCAUUAA